AAAACUGCUCAUUUUGACCGGACCAGAACAGUGUUUUUCCGGGAGAAGUGUUGUCCUCGUCGCCAUCUUUGGCUCUUCAACUCUCAGCUCCACCCAGAACAGAUCGGAUUCGAAUUUAAUACACGAUACACCACCACGUCCUGAGAUUAUACAUAUACAUAUGAUUCCUUCAAUUUUGGUUACACUUUCGUGGUUGUUACUUUGGAGCUCUGGAGCAUCUGUAUUCGUUUCGGCUGGAUCCCAUCGAGCCAUUCUCCGGACGAUCAGCGAUGACAGCGUUGGGGGGAAGCACGACUACGCCGUGGAAUUGAAUGCCACUAACUUCGAUACAGUUCUGAGAGAGACUCCAGCUACCUACGCUAUUGUUGAGUUCUUUGCUCACUGGUGCCCUGCAUGCAGAAAUUAUAAGCCACAUUACGAGAAGGUUGCCCGGCUAUUUAAUGGAGCAGAUGCUAUUCAUCCAGGAAUCAUAUUGAUGACAAGGGUAGACUGUGCAGUUGGGCACAGAUAAAUUCAAAUCUUUGUGAUAAUUUCUCUGUGGGGCAUUACCCGAUGCUUUUCUGGGGGCCUCCUACUAAGUUUGUUGGUGGAAGUUGGAAGCCUAAGCAGGAAAAAAAUGACAUAGUUCCAAUUGAUGAUGGGCGAACAUCGAGUCUAUUGUUAGAGUGGAUCAAUAAGAAACUGGGAAGUUCAUAUGGCUUGGAUGAUGUAAAGUACCAGAAUGAACAGCUUCAGACAAAUAUCUCAGAUCCCGGGCAGAUAGCCAGAGCUGUAUAUGACGUUGAGGAGGCAACAUCUACUGCUUUCGAUAUCAUCUUGAGGCACAAGAUGAUCAAUAUAGAUACAAGAGCAUCACUUGUAAAAUUCCUUCAACUUUUGGUUGCUCAUCACCCUUCUAGAAGAUGUCGAAGGGGUUGUGCAGAUAUACUCGUUAACUUUGAUGAUCUAUGUCCAUCUGAUGCUUUGUCAGCAAAUGAAGUUCUCAGUUGUACUAAAAAGGGCAUUCUAGGGAAGUACCAGAUUUGCGGCAACGAAGCACCACGCGGGUAUUGGAUGUUUUGUCGUGGAAGUACAAAUGAAACCAGGGGGUUCAGUUGUGGGUUGUGGUUAUUGCUACAUUCCCUCUCCGUAAGAGUGGACGAUGCAGAAAGUGAGAUGGCUUUCAAAACUACAUGUGAUUUCAUACACAACUUUUUCGUAUGUCAAGAGUGUAGGGAGCAUUUCUAUGAGAUGUGCUCAAGGGUUUCUACUCCGUUCCGGAAAGCCCGUGAUUUUGCCCUUUGGUUGUGGGACGCACACAACACUGUCAACAAGAGACUGAUGAAAGCGGAAGCCUCACUAAGAACAGGUGACCCUAAAUUCCCAAAAGCUAUUUGGCCAUCCCAACAGCUUUGUCAAUCUUGUUAUCUUGGCCAAACCAAAAAGGAGGGCAACGAAAGCAAGUUGAUCAACUGGGAUCAAGACGAAGUCUUCAAGUUCUUGGUCACUUAUUAUGGGAAGACACUAGUUAGUCUUUACAGGGACAAGGAACUUCUUGGAGGUGACGAAAACCCCUCUCUUGAAGAACCGGUAGCUUCGACAAAUGCUAUUGUCGUUCCGGUGGGGGCCGCAUUUGCAAUUGCAGUUGCUAGUUGUGCGUUCGGGGCUCUUGCCUGGUUCUGGCGUUCACGACAAAAGAAUAGAAAGUAUAAAUACCUACACUCUCUAAAGAAUAUAUGAAUUACUACAUCUCAAAAAACAAUCAUUUUGAGUAAAGGCCCAAAAGAAGCUGGAACUGAUGACCCAUGUCCGGUUGGUUGAGUGUAGGUUACUAUUCAGAAAUAUGAGUCAGGCUCAGGAUAGGAAACAGAUAGUUCAGAGGAUUGUAAGUUGUAACAAAAGCUUUGAUGGGAUUUGCAUCUCUUACUCCGUAAAACCCCUCUAUUUGAGUCAUUUUCCUCAAACUUGUGUGUAUAGAUUUACUUGUGAUAUACGGAGUAUGUUAUUUUGGAUAAAACUUGAUGUGUUAUUUCUCACACACAGUAUUACAAUGGUGAGCAUGUUUUGGGUAUGGGUAGGCCAAGAUUUCAACAUCGCAUUGGUGGUUGGGGAAUCAAACUUACACUACCUCCGUCAGUCCGUUGUAAUCUCUUCGUUCCAAAAAAAGUUUGUUUGAUAUAAUGAAACAAGUUACAUGUGGGCAAGGUUCAAAAUUGUGAACUGUGUACUUGUGGUGUUUUUUAUUAUUGCAUAUUGUGUAAGACUACAAUGAGGUGUAAUAUAUAUAGAGAGAAAUGUUCCUACUAGGUUGGCCUGACGGAAAUCAUCGUUCGGCUGCCUCCAUUUGAGGUGUCUUCGUCUGGAU